UGUCAUCAUACGUGUGUGCACCAUGUAAUGCACGUUAAAUAAAACAUAUUUACAUGUAUAAGCAACAAUUAUUAUACACAGAAAACGUAAAAAGGAUUUUUAUAUAUAAUGGAGGAAUAUCCACCUAUUAAUGUACGUUUGGCAUCGAAUAGAAUUAAUCUAAAUUUAAUAGAAAAUGAAGAUCAACCGCGAAUAUAUACGCCGGGAGAAGAAAUUUCCAGUCAGCCUGACUUUUUAAGGGGACAUGGAACGUACGUAGACGAUGAAAACACACUACGAGCGUCCGUGGCUGGUGUUUUAGAAAAAGUUAACAAACUUAUUUCGAUAAGACCCUUGAAAGCCCGUUACCAUGGCGAAAUUGGCGAUGUAAUUGUUGGUCGGAUAACUGAAGUACAACAAAAACGAUGGAAGGUCGACACAAAUUCCAAACUUGACUCAGUUUUGUUACUCACUAGUGUUAAUUUACCAGGUGGAGAAUUGAGAAGAAGGUCUGCAGAAGAUGAGCAAACUAUGAGAAGAUAUCUUCAAGAAGGAGAUUUAAUUUGUGCAGAAGUGCAAAGUACUUUUGUAGAUGGUUCCCUUUCUUUGCACACUAGAGUUUUAAAGUAUGGUAAAUUGUCUCAAGGUAUAAUGUUGAAGGUUUCACCGGCACUCAUAAAAAGAAAGAAAACUCAUUUUCACAAUUUGGAAAGUGGUACAAGUUUGAUAUUAGGAAAUAACGGUUAUAUAUGGAUUGGAGCUAGUAAACAAGACACUGAUAGAUCAGAAGGCGGUUUCACGCAAGAUUUGUCAAGAAUUCCUCAAGCAAAUCGCGAAGUUUGCGCACGAUUACGCAAUUGUAUUUUAAUUUUAGCAACGUGUAAUAUGCAGCUCACAGAUACAUCUGUUACAUACGCUUAUGAAGAAUCUAUGAAGUACAAAAUAAAUGAAUUGCAGGAACCUGAAUUACAGCAAAGAAACAUGGAUGCGUGUUUUACUGCAUUUGAUAAAGAUGAAGAUGGAUAUUUAUCUGUCCAAGAAUUUGAAUUCAUUUGUCGUGCUUUAUUUCGCAAUGAUCGCGGAAAGGUGUAUAAUGUCGAAGAACAUCAGUUGAAGAAGAUAUAUUCUGUAUUUGACUUGAAUGGAGAUGGGAGAAUUGACAGAGAGGAGUUCGAGAUAUGCUGGAAUCGUUGGAUUAAAGUAUGUACUCGUCCAAAGAGUGCUUUCUUAAUUGUAGACGUGCAGAAUGAUUUUAUAACGGGUUCUUUGAAUAUCAAGCAGUGUGCUGCACAACAUGAUGGCUCAGAAGUAAUUGAACCAAUUAAUCGUUUAUUGGAAACUGUACAAUUUGAUGGAGUAUUUUACUCUCUUGAUUGGCAUCCUAUAGAUCAUGUAUCUUUUAUUGAUAAUUUACACCUUAGAGAAGUUGAUCCUAGUAGUGGAAUCUCCAAAGAAGCAGCACAAGUUUACGAUACCGUUACAUUCAAAGGUCCGCCACUAUUAAAGCAACGUCUUUGGCCACGACAUUGUAUUCAAGACUCUUGGGGCGCUCAACUUCAUAAAGAUCUGAAAAUUGUAGACAAUGGGAUCAAAAUCUACAAAGGGACUAACCCAGAAGUAGAUUCCUAUUCUGUCUUUUGGGAUAACAAGAAAAUGAUGGACACAAGUUUGUCUACGCAAUUACAAGGAAAAGGGGCAACAGACAUAUAUAUUUGCGGAUUAGCCUACGAUGUUUGCGUCGGGGCUACUGCGGUAGAUGCACUCAAAAGUGGUUAUCGGACUGUUCUUAUCGAUGAUUGUAGCCGAGGUGUAGAUCUAGUUGAUAUUGAAAAAACUAAAGCAACAGUUAUAGCUGACAAUGGAGUAAUUGUAAAUUCGAGUCAGGUAAAAGCAAUGGUCGAAGGAAGGGAUCGUCGACCAGAACUUGGAUAUAAAUUAGCCUUGGAAAUUAAACAAAAAUUAAAUUUUGUAGACGAUGCUAACCAAUAA